UCGUUGGAAUCGGAGAAAUGGUGUUCGCCAGUAAACUCGUUUUGGCUACAUUAGCUCUUACUUUGUGUGCUAUCAUCACCGACAAUGUUGCUUCUUGUCAAGCAGUUUCAACUGCAAUUGCAUCUGCGAUUCCGGACCUAAUCCGUCAGGCCACACAAUAUGGAGCACCUUUUACCCAAACAGCUCUAGACAGACUUCAUUUGGAGAUAUUUGGAAAUGCAACGGCAGCCCGGUCUACGGACGUUAUAAUUUUCAACAAAUCCGGCCUAACGUUCAAAUUGAAUAAAAACGAAUGUGUUCACGGCGGCUAUGCUCCGAAUCUGUUUCCCGAACACGAAAUCGGUUCGAAACAGUCGUCGGUGUUUGCCAUGACAAGCCAUGGUGCUUUGUCUGGACUGGAAUGUACGACCAAGUACACGGCUCCUGAGGGCGUUUAUUUCGUAAUUGUAGCAGGCAAUCCUUAUAUAGGAAAAAAUUGGAUGGAGGAACGCCACAGCUGGUCGUUGGAAAUUACGUCAACUCGAGGGACAGGUAAUAACAACCAACUGCGUUGGAUAGUUGAAGACCGCGUAUUGCCGCCUAUUCAAACAUUAAGUAAAUCCUUUCGGUAAAUGGUACAAUGGAUCAAAUCACGACAGGACACAUAUUGAAAUGAAGAAUUUUAUUCGAAUUUAGCCAACUGAUUUAGAAAUUACGAAUAAAGAGAUAGAGAUAGAGAGUAA